GCUUCAUCCAUCAGAAGUUGCCUCAAUAUGAUGCGUCACGAUGCCGUCAGGUGACAUGAAUGCAACGAAGACUCGCAAACCGCACAGAAAGUCGCGUAGCGGGUGUACCUCUUGCAAAGCAAGACAUGUUAAGUGCGAUGAGCAAAAACCAAUCUGCUCGAAUUGUGAAAAGUAUGGCUCGACUUGCGAAUACCCUCGGCUGAAGAGGGCGGGUGUUUCCGACCAUCGAGAGGUCGCACUAUCGCCCGCUGCGCUGAAUACACCUUCCCCCGCGCACAGUGCCGUCGUGAACAGGUCAAAUCACGACGGCAUGGAAAAUCAAGAGAUGAUCGCCGACAUUGUUCACCUGCGGCUGUUGCAUCAUUUCAUCACCGUCACGGCGAGCACGCUUGCACACGCACCAGAUGCGGCCGAUGUUUUUUCGAGCUAUAUACCAAAGGUCGCUUUCGAUAAUCCCUAUGUCCUUCAUGCGAUCUUAUCUCUUACUGCACUUCAUCUUAGCAGGUUGGAACCACCCCGGCGAGUCGACUACAUACUCAAAGCCAGACGCCACCACCAGAUCGCCCUCGCCCAGUUUCGAGCCGAAGUAAAAGACAUCUCGGCGUCAAACCUUCAAGUGGUGCUUAUCUUUAACGCUUUACUUUUCCCCUAUACGUGCGCUAUAUCUGCCAGCUUGACAGAUUUUGAAGAUGUUUUCGAAAGCAUCUUUUCGAACCUCAUUGUAACUAGGAUGGUGGGACCACUCAUACAAGCAAGCGGUCUUUACGAAAGCAUGCUACAUUCUGACUUGGGCCGCAUCAUACCCAAGGAUGUCCAUUCGGUUGACUGGAAAAACGCUGAGGCGCCGCAGGAGACGCAACUCGUUCAGCUUCGCAAAUUCUCAGAGGUCAUACACCACGUCUACCCUCCUGAGAUUAAUGAAGCCUACAAGGAGGCCAUCGGUCGACUGGAUCUGCUCUUCGACGUAAUAAGCAAGUCGGCGGAACCUCCAUCGGACUCACUACUGCGGCUCUGGAUCCAUUUCGUUCCAUCUCGGUUUGUCGAGCUGCUCUCCGAGAAGCAGCCAGGGGCGCUGAUCAUUUUCGCGCACUAUGGUGUCCUUCUGGGAAGGGGCCGGCAUUACUGGUUCUUAGAAGGCAUGGAUGAAAUGAUACUCGCUGUUGCAGAUGCAUUCGUUCCGAUAGAAUGGAAAAGCUGGCUCGAUUGGCCGAAAGAGCAGAUACGCGCCUGUCGUACACCAAUCUCCCAGCCAACGUCUACCUGAGUACGCCUGCGCUAUAACUAUUUUUGGAGGGCUUGCGAACAGCAGGUGGGAGCAUCCGAUUCUGAAGUUGUUGGCGGGCCAGCAGCAUAAACUGAGCUCCCGUGAGUCAUUCGGGACAUCCCAUCCCAUGCUGUACACCUGCUUACGAACGGCCCCGAGUCGUCGGGCGUGCGAAUGACUGAAAGUACGUUAAUUGCUGUUUCAGGCGA